AUGAGGGCAGCGCAGCCAACAUCCUGCAACUAUCUGUUAUCCAACAGAUGGGGUUCGAGCCCAAGAUUAGCAAACUUGCCAGAUCGCUCACCGGCUUCAAUGGGGCCACAUCAAUCACUGUUGGAAACGAUCGACUUGGAUGUCCACUCACCCCCAGUGGUCUGCUCGCAGACCUUCAUGGUCAUCGACGAGGUUUCCCCCUACAACAGAAUCUUGGGCCGACCGUGGAUCAGCAAGAUCGAGGCCAUCACAUCUGCUCUACAUCAGAAAAUCCGCUAUCCCAUCCCCGGGGGCGGGAUCGGGCAGAUCAACAGUGACCAAGCCAUGGCAAGGAGAUGCACCGCCCAAGGGCUCAAGAAGAGCAAGCAGCUGCAGUUCACACCAGUAAUGCAAGCUGCCAACGAGGCAGGAAGCGCUCUUAGCAGACAAGCAAACCCGAAAGGGAAGGAAUUAAGGAACCAGGAUCAAGGUGAGGGUAUCCGCUCGGAAGACUCCCCUGAAAAGGGUUGGAAGCCUGAGGAUGACGUUGAGUUAGUACCCCCUGAUCCUGGCCAGCUAGACAAAGAGGCGCAGAUCGGCUCGUGCCAGAAUCCAAACAAGAAGGAUCGAGACGAGGGAAUCCGCCCGGAAGGCUCCCUUGAAGAAGGUUGGAAGCCUGAGGAAGGCGUUGAGUUAGUACCCCCCGAUCCUGAUCAUCCAGAGAAAGAGGCGCAGAUCGGCUCGCCCAGAAUUCAAACAAGAAGGAUCGACAUGAGGGAAUCCGCCCGGAAGGCUCCCUUGAAGAAGGUUAGGAGCCUGAGGAAGACGUUGAGUUAG